GUUUAUAUCCAAUUGCUCCAGUUUAUGAAAUACAAUUUUAAAUUGUAAAGUGGAGUAACAGAUGUUGCUAGGCUGCAGGGAAUUUAUAGCUGCUAGGUGGAGACAUGUGAGCGGUGUAAACAGCAGCGUCAAAGAAAAGGAAACGAAACUCAAGGGAAGCACAGAAAUGUGUCAUCUGAAAGCCUGUCACACUGCAGAGAGAGGCUCCAGUAAGAAGGACUCAACUUUGUCAUUCUUUUUGCUUGCUGGCGUGAGAAACCAAAUAUAAACCUUCACCCCUAUAAAGAUCAUAAAAUAUUAGAAACUAAAGCCCCUGUGUGGUCCAGCACAGCUGGAGAAAUAUUAGAUACUGAAGCCACCGUGAGUCUCCGAACAGUUUUAGAAAAAUAUUGACACAAAGUGUUAACUAUGGAUUUAAGUCCUCAACCAUCACAAGGGUCUUCUACUUGCCAGUUAAACCACAGUUUAAUUGCCCAAAACCACAGAAAUCCACAGAGGGUUAUCUCAACCUAUCCUUCAACAAUAUACCAGCAAGAUUUAGUUAAACCACUACUAUUUAAGACAAUCCAAUCUGGUCCAGAUACAAUAAACCUAUAUUGUCAUGAAAUGGGAUAUUUAUAUAAUCCGAUGACAGGGAGUUUCAAAAUUAAUGCAGGUAGCCUACCAUUACCUGCCACAAACAUUGAAAGGAAAACUCCACAAGACUUGCAAAUUAAUUUGGCAACAACAAAAAAGAGUACUAAAAACCCAAAAAUUAACAAUGCAGCAUGUGCCAUUGACAAACCUAUUCCACCAGUCCAGACAGACUCUGUCUUACCUUUUCAGGGUAAUCUUUCAGCAGCCACUCAAAGCAAUUCUUUCCCACACAUCCAGGAAACAGUUCCCACAAACAAUAGAAGCAAAUCCAUAUCUUCCAAAGGGUUGAAAGUUAUACCCAUGAAGAGUACACCGGCCAGAGAUGCCAAGAGCAAUGCUAAAAAGAGUGCCAAAGACAGAUCUGUCCUGCCAAUCCAAAUAGAAUCUGUCCUACCUCUUCAGUGUAAUUCUGUCAUAAGCACUCAGAGACCAGUUGCCACAGACACUAAAUUCAAAUCUAAAUCUUUCCUGGACUUGACAGUUAAAACAACUACAGCCAACAAGAGCAAAGCUACAGAAUGUGUCAUAGGCAGCCCUAGAACAUCAGUCAAGAUGAAAUCUGCCCUACCUCCUCCAGAUGUUUCUAUCCCAAAAUCCCAGAAGAAAUUUGAAAUAAACAAAAAAAGCUGGUCUAAAUAUUCCAUGGGCUUGCCAGUUAAUGAAGCUACAAAUAUUAAGAGCAUACCUGCCAGAGACACCAACAGCAAAGCUACAGAACAUGCCAUAGACAUUCCUAUCUCACCAGUCAAGACAGAAUCUGCUCAGCCUCUUCAGGGUAGUCUUUCUAAAUCCACAAAAGGUUAUUUUGUCAAAAGCUACCAGAUAAAUUUAGAUAAAGUAGCCAAGGUCAAGUCUGUCAUGCCACUUAUAGGAAACAAACCCGCAGUGUGCCCAAGCAAAAAUUUACUGUCCUCCCAGAAAAAACCUACACCAACCAAAAACAUCAAGCCUACAAAAAAGUCCAAAAAAAAGCAAAGAAUACAAGUACAAAACAUAAGUUGCAGAGUGGAAGUACCAUAUAGACAAUCCAAGUUGCAUCCAUCCAGGCAGUGUAAGAAGAAUUAUGUGAAUAUCUGGAGCAUUUUAAAACCCUUCAAUCGAAGAUCUAGACGUCACAAGAUCCAACAUCAUUGUCAAAUAAAACCGGCGUGGAGGUACAAAUGCAGAAAUCAAAUUAUGGCCUCAACAGUACAUGAGAUUAUCAACAGCCAAUUUGUAAAAAAUUUAAGAAGCUCUGCGUCACCUGCACUGAUUCAUAAUAUCCUAAACUGUAGUUAUAAGAUACAGAAAACAGCUCAGCCAUGGACCAUGCGUCUGGAAAAGGAGGCCAUUGUGAAUUAUAAAAAUUUGAAAUUAGAAAAUGACAAAAAGAAAGUCCGGGUGAGUGACUGUGAAUUGUUUACCAGCUCAGAAAAUAUCUGGUUGGCUGGAGUCUGCAGAGAAGUGUGUACCAGGGACAGCGAAGAAUGUUGGCCGCUGCUAGUAAAGUGCUUACACAAGCACCCAGAUAGUACACUGGUACAGGCAACUAGGCAUCGAUCUUUCUUUCUGAGAAAAGAAGGUUACAUUUAUACCCUGUGCAAGGAUCAUGCCUACUACACUCAGCUUCAAUUUCUUAUGGAUAUAACAGACACUGUGUAUGCAGAACUGCUAGUGCAUACAAAUAAAGAAACUGUCAUUGUUCCAGUGUGGAUUGACUUUGACUUCUUGGAAAAAGCAAAAGAAAAACUAGAGAGAUUCUACACAGUCAAUGUUUUACCCUAUCUCCAAAAGAACGAAGAUUGUAAGAGGAGGCCCCAGCAUCAUAAGAACUUUAAUGAGGCAUGAGUUGUUAUAGUAGAACCCCCAUUUUAUGUUUAUAAGGGGAACAGAAAAAAUAUAAUGUAAAAACUGGGAAAAUAUAAAAUUGGAGAAUUGCAUUCUGAAUGAUAUAUUGGUGAGACCACAAAACAAACAAUGUAAAAUAAAGGAAAACUUAAAAUCAGGGGAAAUAUAACAGAGUUUUCACUGUAAUUAAUAUUCAGUAAUUUAAUCAUAUAUAUUUAUGAAUUAUAUUAAAUAAAGUUAUCUUGGUUUAUAUCCUUAGUGGACCUGAAUAGUUUAGAUCUGCCCAAGUAUGGGGUGCCAUUUGUCCCAAAUGCAUUCUGUAUAGAAAACUA